AUGUUUCACUCCAAGGCAAUUCUUGGCCAAGAGAUCUGGAACAGCCACCACGACAUUUUGGCCCCUGCAUCCGAAAAAGAGAUCGCUCUGCAUUAUGCGAGAGCAAGGUCGCUGUGUCGCCACAGCGGCUUGUCGUUGCACGACAUCAAGAAUUUGACGCAGAAGUUCUGGGAUUUUCAUUUUGAUCUGGUUGCCGCCCGCGACAUGACGGCGUUCAUCAUCGCCACGAUCCACGUAAAUCUUUGCAUUGGAACGCUCGGUUCUUUUUCCGAAGAGCGCCCCGACCUACAUAACCUGCUCGACAAGCUUUUGAAUUUUGACGUGUGCGGCGAAUUCAUGCUUACUGAGGUCGGGCACGGCCUGGAUGCUCGCAACUUGGAAACGACCGCGACCCUGCGGGCUGAUGGCUCCUUCGAUCUCCACACCCCUCACGCAGCAGCGUCAAAGGCAAUGCCUCCGACGACACCAUGCUGCGGCAUCCCCCGAGUCGCCGUGGUCUUUGCUCGCCUGAUGGUGGGCGGGAAAAGCCACGGUGUCAAGCCUUUCAUCGUGUUUCUCAGCGACGCGGGGACGAUGCGGCCCGGAAUCACGUCGCGGAUCCUACCUACGAGACCAGGUACCAAGCCACUGGAUCAUUCCAUCACAACCUUUGAUCAUGUUCGUCUACCCCCGGAUGCGCUGCUCGGUUCUCUCUCCAAGCCAAAGGGUGAGCGCACCGAGUUCUUGCGUCAGAUUUGGCGCGUCUCGGUCGGUACUUUGUCACUCUCCAUCAUGGGUAUCUCUGCCAUCAGGGUGGGAACGCGCAUAGCUGCCGUCUACAGCGAGCGAAGGACGAUCACGGCUGCUGAUGGACGCUCCACUACGCCAAUCAUGGGUUUCAGCACUCAGCAGCGCCCUAUCGUCGAGGGGUGGGUCCAGGGCAAAGUCCUGACCGCGUUUGCUCGCUGGGCCGUGGAUAUGUGCCCUGACCCCACUGAUGCGACGCAGCAUGCGCUGGCAACGAUUUUCAAAGCGACGGUCAUCAAAGCUGCACGGCUUCUGGGUGAUCUCGCCGAGAGGUGUGGCUGGCAAGGCCUGUUUGCGUACAAUCAAAUAAGUGAGCUGGCGCUGACCUUCCAGGGCAACUCUAUUGCCGAGGGGGAUACAUUGGUUUUAUGUAUACGUUUAGUAUCCGAGCUUCUUGGAGGGAAGUUCAGGUUACCACGACCGCGAAAUGAACUGACGCCUUUGGCACAAUACGAACAAGAGCUGAUGGAAGGCCUUCGUGCAAGACUGGUUGAGAUUGGAGGAUAUGGAGAGCAUCGCGGUCCAGCUUUCGACCGGCACAUCCUCCCUCGAUGUCGGCCGCUGGUUGAGGCGAUCGGUCACCGCAUGGCGUACGAGGCUGCCGAGCGCUCCGGAGUUGCCCCGGACGUGCUCGAACUGUACGGGCGCAUGUGUGUCGACAGAGAUCUGAGCUACUCGCUGGGAGAAAAGCUUUGGAGCGGGCCUAGUAAAAAUUUAGCGCCAUCUGAUGAUCCAUACGAUACUGUGUUGGCCCAGAUCAGAGCGGAGUCGGCAUGUGGAUCCGAGUUGGACGACUACAUCACGGCGCCCAUCGUGUCAGACGAGGCGUGGGCCAAUUUUGUCGAAAGUCUGCGUGUAUUCAGCCAUCCAAAGGAUACUAGAAGUAACUGGUCCAAGCUGUAG